AUGAAGAAGGCGAACGUCUCAGCAGAUGCAGCAGCGAUGGGCGGAGACGCCGCCUCGGGUACCGAGUACCAUGUGUUCCUGAGUUUCAUUGGCGCCGAUACUCGCUCUGGAUUCAUCGACCGCCUUUCCCGCGGCUUGGCUGAUGCCGGAAUCUUGGUGUUCAAAGACGAAGAAGAGAUUCGAGUCGGUGCUGAAAUUGGCUGGGAGAUUCUGAGAGGGAUCGACAGCGUCCAGAUCUGCAUCCCCAUCUUCUCCAAGAGUUACGCUUCCAGCAAGCGGUGUCUCAAGGAGCUUGCGGCAAUGGUGGAAAGCAAGGUGAAAUCGGGUGGUGGGAAAACGAUCCUCCCCAUAUUCUAUGACGUGGAACCUCGUGAUGUUAGGCUUAAAACCCCUCUGUAUCGCGAUGCCCUAUUGGAGCAUAAGAAGAGGUUAGGGUCCGACAAAGUAAGAGUGUGGGAAGAUGCUCUUGGAGAGGUUGGUUCAUUUAGUGGUUGGGCAAUGGGAUCUAGCAGCCUGUCUCGCGGUGUUGGAGGACUGGUCAAAUUAAUCACGGCCAAGCUGAAGGUAAACUGUGUGGAUGUGGAUAAAUAUUUUGUCAGAAGUGAUCAGGUAGAUGCUAUAACAGAUUUGCUAGCCAUUGAUGUGGGUGUCUUGGGUAUCCAUGGAUUGGGUGGCAUCGGCAAAAUAGCCGUUUCCAAAGCUGCUUUCAACUAUUUCCGCUAUCGGUUCCAAGGCUGCAGUUUCCUUGAAGUUGUUCGAGAAUUAUCCCAACGCCAUGGCCUGGUGAAAUUGCAGAAACUGUUAUUAUCCGACAUCCUAUAUCCUAGGGCUGAUUACCCCAUUGCUAAUGCCGAUGAAGGAAGGAAUAUGAUCAUGAAAAAGCUUUCUGCCAAGAAGGUUCUUAUCAUUCUUGAUGACGUUGAUCAUGCGAAGCAAAUCCGUCAACUAAUUGGGCAGCACGAUGGGUUUGGUUCCGGAAGUAGGAUCAUUGUUACGACCCGGAAAAGAAGUGUCCUGAAACUUGAAAAUCAGAUCGUAGCUUAUGAAAUGCAGGAAAUGACUCAUGAUCAUGCGCUCCAGCUUUUCAGUAGGCAUGCUUUUGAGAGAGACUCGCCACCAGACAAUUAUAAAAGACUUUUAAGAGAAGUCACUUCUACCACUGGGUGCCUUCCCUUGGCUCUUCAAAGGCUUGGGUCUUAUCUUUGUGGCCGAAAGGCAGCAAAUUGGAAUUACAAGGUGGAGCGUUUACAGAGGCAACCUCCACGGGAGGUCCACGAUAAUCUGAUGCUCAGUUAUGAGGCACUGGAUUGCAACGGUAAGCAGAUUUUUCUCGAUAUUGCAUGCUUUUUGGUCAACCAGAGCAAGGACAAGGCAAUGUACCUGUGGGAAGCCUGUCAUUUCUGCCCAGAAUUUGGAGUUAGUGUCCUUAGCAAUAUGUGUCUGAUAAAGAUUGUCGGCAGAGAUACCAUAUGGAUGCAUUCCGUGCUAAAAGACUUUGGAAGGAAAAUCCUGGAUGUAUUAAGAACCAACGAGGUAAAGUAA